GAUUGUGAAAUUUUGUGCACUGAGCGAUACAAACGUAAUAUUAAAACAGGCCCUAAGGGUUAAAAUCAACAACUGAGACAAAAUUAUUAAACACACACAGUGGAUUUUUAAAACUAUCAGUGAAACGCAGAUUGCCGCUCAUCUCCAUUGCCUCCCAUUGUUACCCUUUUAUUCUAAAUAAACCCAAUGCUGUUCUCUCCUCUCUGCCACGUUGCUUCUCGCAUGCUCCCAUGAUGCAACACUGUUGACGUUAACCAGGAAGCUGCUGGUCCCCAGGUCUGACUGAUGAGUAUGAGCCUGACCACAGAGCCCCCUAACGAUGUUCCCGCUGUUACAGAAGUUUCUGACCCGCCAGAGAGCAAAAUGACCACAGUGGAGAAGAAGGAGAAGAAGCCAGAUGAAGUGGCCGAGGAAGAGGAGGAGGAGGAAGAAUAUGUGGUGGAAAAAGUCCUGAAUCGGCGAGUGGUGAAAGGAAGAGUAGAGUAUCUUCUCAAGUGGAAAGGCUUCUCUGAAGAGGACAACACGUGGGAGCCAGAAGACAAUCUGGACUGUCCAGAUCUGAUCGCAGAGUUCCUGCAGUCCCAGAAAUCAGCACACGACGGGAAGAGGAAGGCAGCCGGAGACGCAGAUGGAGACGACAGCAAAACGAAGAAGAAAAAAGACGACACAGAGAAGCUGAGGGGCUUUGCUCGAGGGCUGGAUCCAGAAAGGAUUAUUGGCGCCACAGAUUCCACAGGAGAGCUCAUGUUCCUCAUGAAAUGGAAAAACUCGGACGAAGCUGACCUUGUGCCGGCGAAGGAGGCCAACGUCAAGUGUCCGCAGGUGGUCAUCUCUUUCUACGAAGAGAGACUCACUUGGCACUCGUAUCCCACUGAAGACGAGAAAAAAGACGAGAAAAACUAACAUGGGGCAAAAGGGCAGGGGGAGAGAAAGAAACUGUAGUUUUGAACUUCAUUGUACUUUUGACGAGAUUUGGGGGGUCAGGACGGGGGGAGGCAGAGACAAGCAAGACACCAUCGGACUCAUUCGUAUUACGGUGUAUCAAUCAUUUGUUUCUCCUUUUAUCUGGAUAUAAUCGAACUGUAAAUAUGCUUCAGAUUUGCUUGACAAAACCCAGCAGAAAUGUAAGACAGUGUUAAUUUUAAGAAUCGACUCCAGUUUUCAGAAAGUCUGUCGGUCGCUUCAGUAUCAUUUUUCGGUCCAGUGCUCGUCAUCUUGCUAUGACAGUGUAUCAGUGAGGUGAUGUUUUUAUUAGUUCAUAGUGUGCCAUAUUUUUAUAUACUUGGUUCAUUGGUGCUUUUGAGGGCAGAAACCCAUUAGCUGCUUUGUGAGGACUUGUUUGAUGUACGGUUAUCAAAUCUUUUCAGUGAUUUAUUUGGUCAUUGGUAAUCUUUGUAGUGUUUUUCAUGAACAUGUCUUGC